AUGCCGGCGGAGCACAGGGGUAACACAGUAGUAAGCACACUCUGUGCUAUUCUAGGAUAUGGAUGGAAGCGAACGGAAAAGAGCCGCGGCUUCACGGUUGGUGUGAAGCCAUCCGAAUUCAGUAUCCCUGGAUAUGCCGUAUACCUUAACUACGCCGCCAUCUGCACCGAACCGAACAUUCUGAACAAAAAGGGAACCGUUACAAACGUGGAAGACGGAGCAAUCCUAUGCAGCGCUCGAAAGCAAUGCGAGUUCUGGACAGCAAGUGUAUCUCCUGGACUGGUUUCCCUCCCAGGCUACAGUCAUCACCUGUGGCUUUGCAGUGGCCCUCCCACUAUGAUACCGAGAGACGGUUUCGUAUUUGCUGCCAAGGCGCAUGAUGGGAGUGGUGUUCAGCCAGAGGCUCUUCUGGAACAGCUGGCCCGACCCAGUGAAAUAGAUUUGUAUCACUUCCCUCAGGGUUACCCAACUGCCUCUGAGGCGGAUCGAGCCAAAUCCCUCAAGCAAGCAGAAGAUUCCAGACUCGCUGGCCAGAUAUACUAG